AUGACGGGCCCACCGACUGUCCAGACGGUAUCCACGACCACCGCCACCUCCGAGCACGUCCUCCCUCUGCUCGCUGCGCCCAACUGCCGCGACGAGCGCCUCGAGCGCUCGGGCUAUGUCUCGUUCGCGCUCAAGCCCGAGCCGCGCAGCCACCGCCGGCAGUUCGCCACGACCACGUACGGGUCCAUGCCCGUUCGCGCGUGCGCCCCGCCCCGCAAGCGCAGCGGCCUCCCGCUCGCCCCGCGGCCGCGCGAGUCCGACGCACUGCUUGGCAGCAAUGGCAGCAGCAACAACAACAACAGCAAUGGCAGCAGCAGCGACCACUCGAGCGAGACAGAGAGCGACAGCGACAGCAGCUGCACCGCCAGCAGCAGCACCGCGUCCACGUCCACGUCGCUUCAGUCCAUUCUGCGCAUCCCGUCGGCGGACUUUUCCUGCCGGAGCCUGAAGAAACACACGUCGGUAGAGUUUGCGCUCGAGAUCCGCCACGUCGACGACGACGACGACAAUGCGCGCAACAACGCGACGCAGCGACUCGACGCGCGCUGUAUGCCGCGCCGCCUGACAAUGGAAGAAAAGACGGCGCUGUACCAGGUGCGGCCCGACUUGGAGCUCGUGCCGACGGUGCUGCUGCUGUCGGAGCUCGAGGAGCUGCAGCGGCGGCGCCAGCGCAAGCUCAUGGUCUCGCUCCUGGGCGCGUCGCUCGUGCUGCUCAUGAUGAUCGUCUUUUAUUACCUCGUGGCGCAAAUGUAA